UCGGCCGUCGACACACUGUCCGAGCACCCGAGCUGCGCGCACAGCUCGAGCGAGCAGUCCGUCCAGCCAGGAGCGACCGGCCGAAGAAUCGGUGCUUUCGCAGCUGCUCCCGAGUCGUCGCCGCUGUCGUACGUACGCGCGUAUACUACACAAACAUACUGCGGCAGACUCUCCUGCGAGGAAUGUUCAUCGGAGACGCACCGGCGCCGGGCCAACGGGGCGUACGCGCGGAUGACGCAUAGCCACGCAAGCCAAGUCGGCUCGCGUAGGGGAAGCGACAACACGUGUUGUCGCCGUGGAAGCAGCGCGUAGUGCACUGCAGUGCGUAGACGUCUCCCCCGGAAACAGCGCGAAUAGUUUCAGAGCACGUGGCCUGCAGACCGCCUCGCCAUCCAAAGCCAUGGCCUGAGCAGCGCCAUGGGCGUCAGUGGACGUACUUGCCCGGCUCGUAAGGCCAGCGUCCACGCUCGAAGCGGGCGGUCCCGUUUCGUGGUCGCGUAGAGGCCACAUAUGGGACACAAGGGCGACAUCGUGCGCGUCACGCUGGUCGCGGCGGGCGACAGCGCGGUCGGCAAGUCCGCCGUGCUUCACGUCUUCGUGCACCGGUGCUUCCCGGCCGAGUGUCCGCCGACGGCGCUCGACCAGAAGGAGACGCUGCUGCACUGGAACGGCGAAACGGUGUACCUGAGCCUGUGGGAUACUCCGGGGUCCAGCGCGUACGACGCGCUGAGGCCGCUCGCCUACCCCGAGGCUGACGCGGUCUUGAUCUGCUUUGCGCUCGACGACCGCGCCAGCCUAGUCAACGUCGAGCACAAGUGGGCGCCCGAGAUUAGGGAACGCCUGCCCAACGUGCCGAUAAUACUCGUCGGAAAUAAACAGGACCUUCGCGACAUUGAUCCACAGCCACUGUGUGAAGUGAAUCCAAGGCCAGAUGCUGAAUCAUUUGUGAGCACUUCUGAGGGUGAAGCAAUGCUGGAAUGCAUCGGAGGGUCGGCCUAUGUGGAAUGCUCAGCUCUCAUGGACCAAGGUCUUGAAAGGGUCUUUGGUGCAGCAAUCGAAGUGGCACUCAAGCAGAAAACCCAAAAGAAGAAAUGCUGCCCUUGCUGCUGCAGUAUUCUGUAACCGUUUGGUUUGUACAGUUUUACGUCUUUCAGUAUUAAAAUCUCAACAGAGGAAAUCUCAACGAAA